AUGUCUUCCACUUUAAAAAAGUUGGGUAUUGAAUUUAAGGAAUUACCAUAAUCUCAAGUAGAUGAAGCAAUCUAUUCUAUUCAAACUAUGAGACUUGAAUAAAUUUUAAUAUCAGAAGGAGAAAUAUUUGAUUGGCAAAAUUUAUUGAAUCGUCCAGAUUUAGUAAGCUUAAAGUAUCCUGAAAAAUUAGGAACUUUGAUAAUGUAGGAUGAAAAGGAAUCAAGUAACUCAUUCUUUAUAUUUGAUAUCAAUAAUCCAUUAAGGAUAAAAGUUAUUGCAACAAUAAAAUCAAAGUAUAUAUAUAUAUAUUCUAAUUAAGGAAAUAUCAAUAAACAUUUUUAAUAGUAGCAAUUAUUGGGAUUGUACCUUUUUGUAUGGAAGACUCUAGAAUAAGUUAAGGAAUAGAAAUCAUUAUUAAUUUAAUAUUAGGAAUUGAUAUCAUCUUAAAAUCAAUAGCAAAUGGAUUUAUUUUAAGUAAAAAAUCAUAUCUUAAAAAUAUUUGGAAUUCCUUAAAUUUUAUAGCAUUUCUUUUUACAUGGUGUUUGUUUUUAGAUGAUUCAUAAAUUUCAGAAAUAAUAAAAACAAUAAGAUUCUUAAGAAUCUUUAGAUUUAUAGAGGAAGUCUCAAUUUUAAAGAUAUAAUUUAAUGCUUAUGUUGGAAGUUUUUUAAGAGUAAAGCCAGUCUUAAUACCUAUAUUUUUGGUUAUGAUAUAUUUUUCUAUUAUUGGUUUACACUUAUUUAUAGGUUUAACAGAAAGAAGAUGUCGUUUAACACAAUAUCCUAUAGAUGAUAUAUGGAUAGCAGAUCCCAAUAUAUAAAAAUUAUGUGGAAUAUGGGAAUGUCCAGAAAAUACUUAUUGUGGAAGUCUUUUAGAUUAUGAUCUUCCAAGAAAUGAAACAGAAAAUGAUUUAGAAGCAUUUAAUUGGAAUUUUACAAGAUUUGAUGAUUUUUUUCAUUCAUUAUUAGUUGUCUUUACAUUUUUAAAUGUGACUGGUUGGUCUGGAACAACAUUUAUGGUAAAAAUUAAUAACAUUUUUAGUUUUGGAAAGCUAUGACAACAUAUGUAACUGCAACAUAUUUUUUAAUUAUGAUUUUAUUAAUGGCUUUUAUUCUUUCUAAUUUGUUAUUAGCAUUGUUUUAUGAAUCUUUUAUGGAAAAAUCAUCAAUUAAAAAUACUUAAAAAAAGUUAAAAUAAGAGUAAUAAUAGAUAGAGGAAGAAAUAAAGAAAAAAAAUCAAUAAUAAUUAAUAAAUCGUCUUAGUGUUAUUAGCAAACAAAAAGAGAAAGGAAAUUAAAUUUCUAAUUUUAGUAUUUAUUUUACAGAAGAAUAAAAUAUUAAUGUUAAAGAAGUUGAAUAAGAAUUGUUUAUUAAUAAAUUGUUAAAUUCUCCUAAAAUCUUAGUUUUAAAUACUUUAUUUAUUUUUAUUUCUGCCUUUGUUAUUGCCUAUGAUUAUGAUGGUAUUCCUUAAAUUUAGAAUUAGCGUUUAUAAUUAAUAGAUUUUAUUUGCAUACUUUAUACAUUUUUUGAGAUUACAGUAUAAUUUUGUGGAAAAGGAAUCUAAGAUUUUUUUUCAAAGAGAAUUAAUGUUUUCGAUUUUUUGAUAAUUUUAUCCUAAUGGCUUUUAAUUUUCUAUUUAGUCAGUUUUAAUUAACCAUUAAUCUUUAAUGAUAAUAAAGAAAUUAUUUUUAUAAAAUCUCUUAAAAUUUUAAGAAUAUUUAAAUCAUUAUUUUUUGCUAAAGUGUUUUACACUAUUGCAGUAUUAAUAAGAUCAUUGAUUAGUACUUUAAUUGCUCUUAAGAAAAUACUAUUUUUAUGGAUUUGUCUAAUAUUUUUAAUGUCAAUAUUUGGUAAGCAUUUAUUAUAAUACAAAAUGUCUGAAUAAAACAUGACUAUAUAUUAUAAUGAUUUAGGAUCUUCUAUAAUGGCUGUAGUUAAUAUAUUUUAUAAUGAAGAAUGGCAUAUUACAAUGUAUAAAUAUGGAAGACACACUUAAGCAUCCAUAGUAUUUUAUAUAAUUUGUGUGAUAUUUGGACAAAUAUUCUUUAUUAGAUUAUUAACAGCUGUAUUUUUAAAUGAAUUUAGUUUACAUAUUGAAAGUGUAUAAACAAGUUUAAAACCAAUAGAUUAUAAAAAGCUAUUUUCAAAAAAGAAAAUAUAGGUUGAAAAAAAAGAAUAGAAAUUGGAAUUAUAAUAAAAUAAAUAAGAAAAAAGAAAGGAAAAAAAGAGAGAAUCUACUUAUUUAAAGGAAUUAAGAGUAAUUGGAUAAAAGAAGAAAACUAAUUCAAUGAUAAAUUAAUUAUAAGGUUAAGCUUCAUUUUAAAAUCUUGAUGAAUUUUUGAACCUUUUUUAAGAUAAUUAAUAAUAAGAAAGUAAAAUAUAAGUAAUUAAAUCUGAUAAUGCCUUAAAAUAAUAAGAAUAUGAAAAUAAGACAUUGUUUAUAUUUUCUGAAAAAAAUCCACUUAGGAUUCGUGUUAAGUACUUUAUUGAAAAUUUACCAUUUAGAGUAUUUCUAAUUAUUUUAGUUUUAAUAUGUGUUAUAAGAACUAUGUUAUUAACUCCAUUUUUAAGUCCUGAAUCUGAUUUGUUUGCAAUUUUAAAAACAAUCCAUACUGUUAAUACAAUUUUAUUUUGCAUUUAAAUUUUCUUAAACAUUGUUUCUGAUGGUUUAAUUAUUGGAGAGGAUUCAUAUUUAUAAAAAUCACCUUAUAAUGCAUUAAAUUUCAUAAUUACAACUAUAGAUAUUGUAGCUAUCUUUAAUUAUAAUUAAUUAAUAUUUAAUCUCUUUUCUAGUUUAAGAAUUUUAGAAUUUAUAAGAAUAGGAGCAGAAUUAAAUUAAAAUAUAAAUUAUGUAUCUUAAGCAUUAAUGAAGGCUUUUUAGACAAUGAUUCAAUUAAGUAUAUUUUGUUUUGUGAUUCUUCUUGUAUAUGGAAUAUUUGCAACAAAGUUAUUGAAGGGUUGUCUAUAUUAUUGUUCAAUAUCAAUUGAAUUAUAAGAUAAAGUACAGGAUAAAUGGGAUUGUAUGGAUAAUGGUGGUUCAUGGAUAAAUAAAAUAUUAGGAUUUGAUAAUGUAUUUGAUAGUGCUUUAACUUUGUUUGUCACUGCAACAACAGAAGCAUGGCUACCUAUUUUAAUAGAUACAUGGAGUUCAAGAGGAAAAGAUCUUGCUCCUAUUAACAAUCAUAAUAGAUGGUGGGCAGUAUAUUUUUAAGUGUUUUUUUUUAUUGGAAAUAUUUGUAUGUUAAAUAUGUUUAUCAGUUUGGUUGUGAAUACAUAUUAGGAAACUAAAAUAAAAGCUUAAGGUAUGUCAGAAUUAAAUGGUAAUCAAAGAGAAUGGUUGUAAAUUAAAAAUAGUAUACAUAAUCUUACUCCAAGAGUUAAUUAUGAAUUACCUAAAAAUAAGUUAAUGAUGUUAUUUUAUUAUUUUGCUGAAAGUAAGAAAUUGAAAUACUUUUGGCAUUCAAUUAUUGCAUUAAAUACAAUAAUUUUAUCAUUAUUUUAUACAAGAUAAAAUGAAAUAUUUAGAAAUAUAUUAAUAGAAAUUAAUUAAUAUUGUAUAUUGAUAUCUGCAGUUGAAAUUUGUGGAAGAUUUAUAGUAAAAUAGUGGAAACAGAGAGAUAUAUUUGUAAUAAUUGAUUUUUUUGGAAUAAUUUUAAAUCUUUUUGAUUUAUUUAUCUUACAAUAAUUGUCUGAUAAUUUUUAUGUUCUUAGAACUUGCAGAGCAGUCUCAGUAGCAUUUUAAUUAUUAAGAAACUACUAUAUAAUUAGGUAAUGAUCUAUUUAUUUUGUAGACGUUUUCCAGAAUUAGAGAAAUUAUUCAAUACAAUAUUUUCAGUUAUCCCUUCUGCUUUAGCAAUGAUAUUUAUUAUGGCUUUAUUUCUUUAUAUAUAUGCCUCUUUGGGAAUGGAUCUAUUAGGAUAUUUAAGACCAUAAAAUUAUAUUGAAGGGUUUGAUCUUCAUUUUAGAAAAUUUACAACAGCUAUGUUUUCAUUAAUCAGAGUAGCUAGUUCAGAAUAAUGGUGGGCUUUAUUAGUUGAUUCAGUUCACACAAGAACACCAGAUUUUGCAUGUAUUUACAUUAAGGAUUAUUAUGAUUAUUAAGAACAUGGUUUUAAUGGAUGUGGUACAUAUUGGGCAUAUGCUUACUAUAUUUCUUUCCAUCUUAUAUUUUCCUUAGUCAUACUUAAUUUAUUUAUAGCCUCUAUACUAGGUGCAUAUGAAGAGCAUGUAAAAUCAGAAUAGAGUGCAAUAUCUAAAUAUCAAUUACAUGAUGUAUUGAAUUAUUGGGCAUAAUAUGAUCCAAAAGGAACAGGAUUCCUUAAUUAUAAAUAAUUUUGGAAGUUAUCUUCGGAAAUUGCUAUCUGUUUUGGAGUUCCAGUUAAAGAACUUUUAGAUCCUGCCAAUAAAACUAAUUUUCUAAGAGCUUUAAAUAUUCCACUUUAUGAAGAUGAAUAGGGACUUAUGGGAUACUUAUUUCAUGAUGUUAUAGUUAGUCUAACUAAAUUAUCUGUUGAAUUAAAAUAUGGAGUAAAAGAGUAUAUAAAUUCUAAUAAUUAUUAGUUUGGAAUCGAGUUCAUAUAAAGGCAAGGACUUUUUUCAUGAUUAUCAUAAAUUCUUUAAGAAAACACCAUAUAAUAGUGGUUAGAUGUCAAGUAUUAUUUUUAUCUAAGGAAAAAUAAGAACAAUAAGAAAUAGAAAAAAAGGAAUUAAAUUUCUUGAUAUUGAAGCACUUAAAAAGGAACUUUAAAAUCAAAAUGAUGCAGAAAGAAGUGCAUAAUAUAAUGAAAAUUGA